UUUGCUUGCUACACAAUAUCCCGGCCCCUCCUGGAAAGCCACAGGGAAGCGGAGGGGAAAAGGCAGGUGGCUCACCCGGCGGCAUGGCAGGCAAGCCGCUAGCGCUGUCCCAGGAGGCUCUGGCCCAGUUCAACCAGGCAGCAGCGUCGGAGGGCCCGGAGGCCGCGUGCCUGAGGGCGGGCUCGCUGUCCACCCGCCGCAGCUCUCACUCGCUGGAAAGCCUGCCCCGGCCCCUGAUGCGGCUGAAGAGCAUCGAGGAGGGGAAGCCGCCCUCCCGGAGGAGCUCCAUCCUCAGCAUCGCCAACGCCCCUUUCGCCAGCCGAAGGAACUCGGUCUCCGUGGCAACGGGAGGGAAGCGCCUCUCCAUUGGCCCGUGGAUCCCCAGCGGGCGGGUGAGCUUCUCGGGGCUCCCCCUCUUCCAGCCCCUCCGGGAGACUCAGUACGAGAACACCUACAAGACCCGGCCGGACGCGGGCUGCAAGUUCGACGCCGCCCAGGCCCAGCGGGCUCUGGAGUCCACCCUGGCCAGCUCCCUGGCGGACGCCACGUACAACCCGGGGACGAGCGGGCAGCUGGCCCAGAGCCUGUCCGAGCUCCUCCGCAGCCGCCUGAAGGACCUCGCCCCGCCCCGCUACAAGCUAGUCUGCAACGUGGUCCUGGGUCAGCGGGACCAGCAGAGCCUGCAGGUGGCCAGCCGCUCCCCCUGGGAC